AUGAGGGUUGUGAGGAGGUCACUGAACCCUAAAAAGUUUGAGAACUCCUGCUUUACGGCUCCAACAUCUUCAGAUCCUGCAGAAGUCAAAGACACCUCAUCAUCAAUGGCUAACGGGUCGUGCGAGAACCUGGAUUGCUACAUGGUCCUGACAGAAGCAGAAAGGACGGCCAUCGGCUCCAUAUGUUUCCUGGCCGGUCCAAUCACCCUGAUGGAAAACGUUCUGGUUCUGGUGGUCAUUGGCACCACAGUCAACCUGCGACAGCGGCCCUCCUAUCUCUUCAUCGGUAGCCUAGCUUUAGCUGAUGUCUUCGCCAGCUGCUUUUUCACCACCAGCUUCCUGUUUUUUCACCUCUAUCACCAAAGUGACGGCCAGGAUGCUUAUCUCUUCAAGUUAGGUGGAGUCACCCUGGCGUUCACCAACUCGGUGGGGAGCUUACUGCUCACUGCUCUGGACCGCUACCUCUGCAUCUACCAUGCCACCGGUUACAAGGCUCUACUGACACGCCGCCGAGCCCUCCUGAGCCUUCUGGUUCUCUGGAGUAUCACCAUCAUCAUCUCCUUCUUGCCGCUUAUGGGCUGGAGGUGUCCCACACGUCUCACUCCACCCUGCUCGCGCCUGUUCCCCUACAUUAGCCGGGGCUAUCUGGUCUGCUGGACCAGCUUCAUCCUGGUGCUUCUGGCACUCAUCCUCGGGGCUUAUGGUCUCAUCCUGUGGAAGGCCCACCGCCACGAAUCAUCCUUGUCCAGCCUCCAGGGUGCAGCGGGGACAGGUCCGAACCAUAUGAGGAUGGAUAUCCGGCUGGCUCGCACUUUUGCCUUUAUUCUGCUCAUACUGGUGGGCUGCUGGCUUCCUGUACUCUCCUUCAUGCUGGCUGAUGUCACCACUGUCCUGACUACUACCCAACAGAGAGCUUUUGCUUUUUGCAGCACCCUUUGUCUGCUCAACUCUGCAGUCAACCCGCUGCUUUACGCCCUGCGGUGCAGAGAGCUAAGACUGGCUCUCCAACAGUCUUUACGAUGGCUGUGGGAACUGGGGAAGUGCAAGAAAUCCACUGGAGACUCAAACCUUAGGAUAUAUUCUGUAGAAAACAACUCGGUUACUGAUGAGGAGUUCUCCAGGGGAAGAUCCACCUGA